AUGGAUUCGGGCGCACUUGUGACCGACGAUAUUGUCGUCAAUUUCAUUAAGGACGCCAUCAAGAGUUCGGAAUGCCGUUGUGGCUUUGUUCUUGACGACUUUCCACGAGCGGUCGUGCAGGCCAAAAAAGGUCCACGCGUGCACUUGGCUAGUGGCCGCAGUAACCAUGUCAAGUUUGCUCCUCCAGAUGUGGACGGCAAGGACGACACUACGGGCGAGCCGUUGAUUCAGCGCAAGGAAGACAAUAAAGCCACGCUUGGCUCGCGUCUAGAGGAGUUUUACAAGGAGACGCAGCCCGUGAUUGACUUUACCGUGAGCAGGGAAAACUGGUGGAAGUGA